AUGCCUCUCGAUACCUCAACCUACAAUCUCGCCUUGCUCCGGGUUGACGGGCGGAGAUGGAACGAGUUGCGGCGCGUUCAUGCCCAAAUCCGCACGCAAGCGGCGGCUGACGGGUCUAGCUACCUGGAGAUGGGACACACCAAAGUUAUGUGUGUCGUGACUGGCCCGACCGAACCCGGGCCACGGCGCGGCGGCGCAGCCGCUGGUGGUGCAGGGGGUGGAGGGGUCGGCAGUGGCGGCGCAGGGGGCAAGGCUGAAAUAGUAGUGGGCAUCGUGAUUGCUGGCUUUAGCUCUGUAGACCGGAAGCGAUACGGACGAGGUGACAAGCGCACACUCGAACUUGCAUCAACGGUCUCCAACGCGCUCGCAGCCAGCCUCCACACGAACCUCUUCCCUCACAGCCAAAUUAAUAUCUCCCUCCACGUUCUCUCGCAAGAUGGCUCGCUGCUCGCCGCACUCAUCAAUGCUGCCACGCUUGCCUGCGUCGACGCGGGUAUCCCCAUGACCGACUACGUCGCGGCCUGCACGGCCGGGUCUACAUCCACCUAUGCGGCCAACGACGAAGGGGCCGACCCGCUACUAGACUUGAACCACCAAGAGGAGCAGGAACUACCAGGGCUGACGGUAGCGACAUUAGGAAAUAGUGACCGUGUGGCGGUAUUAGUUUGUGAGAGCAGGGUGCAGAUAAGCCGGUUGGAGGGUAUGCUGGCUGUGGGGGUAGAUGGGUGUAAGCAGAUGAGAGAGAUUCUAGACAGGGUUGUGCGGGAGAAAGGUGUGCGGAUGAUACAAGAGGGAACGGUGGAGAAGGGGGUAGGCUUGGGUGAUAUUGACAUGGACUAG